AUGGAGGAACCAAGGCGUUCGAAACGACUUCGCUCCAUGGCCCCUAAUCAAGCUUCAGGUGGGCCUCCUACAGAGCCAGGCUGCUCUGGUGUGGACCAUGAAGACCCUAUAGAGCCAGUCCAAACUGCAAAACCCACUGCUUAUGUGAAACCCAUGAGAUGGGAGCCCCCAGCUCGCGCAGAGCUGGCUCGUCCUGCAGGAAGAGGCUGGCGCAGGGGAGGAAGCUGGCGGGCAGGUCGAGGCCGUGGCAGUGGGGUCGUGCUCCGCAGGGUCCCCGGCCAGAGAGAGGGGCCAGACGUGUACCUCCAUCUGAACUACCAUGGAGAGCCAGGCCACCAGGGGGAACCGGAAGCCGGGCAGAACCCAGCCUUCUCUUUUACUGAAGCAGCUCCUAUGCCCGGAAUUGUGCAGGAAGGCCCCGGUCCCCAUGCAGCCCAGCCUGAGGUGGGGUUUCAGGAGCCACCUCCUGCUCCUGGGCCUGCGGCUGUGGCCAGGCAGCCCAUAUUGGCCCUCUAUCCCUGUAUCGGGUUCAGGCCUCUGGGUGGCUCAGCUUUUUUGCGCAUCAUGCAGACCUCCAGUGGCACCUACGUGCACGAGGUCCCAGUGUACCUUGCCCACACUGCACACUAACCUCUGUCACCCAUAUUGCUGGCAGCCUCCCUUUCUUCCACCUGAACGUUCCCCCAUCCGCAAACUCUAGCCCCAUUUCUGCUCCACUCCUCCCUGCCCAUCCCAGCCAGGGCCCUCACUUUGUGUUGUCAUGUGCCUCCAAGUCCUCCUCCCAGGAUCCUGACAGUAGUCCAUCUGCUUCCAAUGUCCCUCUUGCCUCUGCUUUGUAUGUUCUGUCAAAGAUACAGAUGCAUGGAAUUCCUCAAUGCUUAUUCAAAUAAACCAGCAGCUUCCUGAGUCCUUUUAGUGUGCUUAUAUUAAAAGCCAAUUAAAGAUACUUGGGAUGAAAAACAAGGUUGUUGGAAUCCAAAGUUAUGUUGAUGAUUUGAAUCACAGAAUAGAUAGGACUGAGAAUAAAAAACUAGAUAUUUGGGCAAGAGAGAGAUGGAGAGUGUGACAGAGCAGUCACCCAGGGAGCUCUCCUGUGGAUCCACAGGUCAUCUAACGUGGAGCUCCCCAGGGAUCCAUCAUCCUGGGGAUCAGAGGUCAUGUAACAUGGAGUUCUCCUGGGAUCCAUUGUCCUGAGGAUCCACAGGUCAUGUAAGGUGGAGUUCUUCUGGGAUCCAUUGCCCUGAGGAUCCACAGGUCAUGUAAUGUGAAUCUCUUACGGGAUCCAUUGUCCUGAGGAUCCACAGGUCAUCUAACAUGGAGCUCUCCCAGGAUCCAUCAUCCUGAGGAUUUGCAGGCUAUCUAACAUAGAGCUCUCCCAGGAUCCAUCGUCCUGAGGAUCCACAGGUCAUCAAAAAUGGAGCUCUCCUGCAAUCCAUUGUCCUGA